CUAUGCUCAAUUAAUAAAUUUGACAUUGACGUUUGAUAAAAUAUUCGAUUGUCAAAUUUAUUUACAAUCAUUCUAAAAGUUAUUAAAAGUAUUUCUUAAAAAACAAAUACUCAAGAUGAGCUGUUUCGACAACUUAUCUAUGCCGAGCUGUAUUUGGUUCGAAAGUGGAGAAAAACGGAACAUCCUAGCCUCUAUCUUCGCAGGUUUACUGUUUUUCACUGGCUGGUGGUUCAUUAUUGAUGCAGCAUCAGUGUAUCCAGGAGAGUUGCCAAAUGCUGCUCAUGUGUGUGGUGUGAUGGCCACACUUUCUCUACUCAUGGUCAACUCGGUGUCUAAUGCCCAGGUCCGUGGUGAAACAUACACAGGUGGUUGUAUGGGCCCACGCGGGGCUCGCCUCUGGCUGUUUCUCGGUUUCGUGGUGGGCUUUGCCUCACUCAUUGCCGCCUGCUGGAUACUGUUUGCAAACUACGUUAAUGCAGGUAGCAGCAAACACACAUGGCCUGGUGUGAGCCUAUUCAUGCAAAAUGCUUUCAUUUUCGCUGGAUCUUUAGUGUUUAAAUUUGGUCGCACUGAGGAUGUCUGGGGUUAGACGGAGUCUCAAAAUACAAAACUAUGUUCUUUAAUUAAUUUGCAUAAAAUAAUCUCGUUUAUAUCUUAAGAUUUGCAAACAAUAAACAAUAAAACUUCACAGAAUUAAUUUAGUAACUAAUUUUGACACAUCUCUAUUUCUGAUCGAAGGGAUAUAGCAAGUACACUCCUGUAGCUGCAGUACUUAAUUGUUCCAUAGUGGUUCAUGUGAAUUUUACAUUUAUUUAAUCAUAAGACAAUUAAAAUUUCAAAAUUAAAAUAUACUUUAUACAAGUAGACUUUUACAAGCACUUUUGAAUGGUCAUUUAACAAAUUAUUUAAAGUCUUUACUUUUCCGGUCAUACCGGUUCGGAAUGUAGAUUCUACCGAGAAGAACCGGUAUUGCUAUUUUGUAUUUCGGUAACGAUGAUAAAACUAUUUUGAUAAUUCGAGCCCAUCACGCAACAGCUGCUAAUGAAGCGCUUGCUAUAUCAUUCCUAUCCAUAAUAGCAGCUACAUAAUUUAUAAUUUUAGCUUAUUUGAAUUUGAAACAAAUAGACCAAAUCUUAGAUUGAAAUAGAAAUGUCGAGUCUACCUUUUAUUAUGAGUCAUAUGAGAUUAUCCGCUAUAGUUGUAUUAAAAAAAGAAACGAUACGACGUUUUUUAAAUCAAUAUUAUUUAAAAAAAAAAAACAAAGACUAAGUAACUUUUCUUAAUUGUGUAUUAUGCGUAUGUAUUUAGAAAGUAUUUCUUAAAGUUAUAGACUGUAUAAUCUACAUACGAUACCACUGUAAUAAAAUAAAAAAAAUCCAUAAGAAUUUAUAUAAAAAAAAAAUAUUGUCUUGCGUGUAACUAAUUCAGUUCAAAAUAAUCGUAUGGAAAUAUUUUAUUUAGAAAUAAUACAAAUUAAACUGUUAAUUAGGCAAUAUAUUUACAUUUUUAAAAUACAUUGUUUUGUAAUUGAAACAAUUCAAUUGAAUAUUUAUAUUGUAAUGUUAAAAGUUCAAAGUGCAUUCACUCAUGUGUAUUUCGUUUGUUUUAGAAUAUAAUUUUAAUUAAAUAUAUUUUUCUACAAAUUCAAUAUUUAUUACACUUGCAACACCGAAGACUUAACACUUCGGUACACAUGUGUCAAUGCUGUCUUUGUGUAUAUUAACAAAAUAAAUAAUAAAAUUACAUUACUAUUGCUUUGGUAUUCCUUUAUUUUAAUUAAAUAUAAAUAAAACCUUAUUGAUUUAAAGUUGA